UCGUCUGAAAUUAGAUUCGCGGCUUGAUCAUCAUCUCUUUCACAUCAGUCGUAUCUGCUUCACAGUGAUUUUGUUCGUGGAAUAACGUGCAAUCCUCUUUCUCCUUCCGCUUCUCUUCCAAGCUUGCUUUUUUCUUGCAACGUAAAGACCAGGCUGUUCAUUUCCCGCGCAUAGGAGUUUCAAGUUUCGACAUGGCCGAAAAGCAUGGGAGAGGGAGACCAGUGUCUCGUAAGAUACUUGUAGAGGAAGGUUAUGUUGAAAAGGUGACUGGUAAAAAGCCAUCGGUGGUUUCUGUUUCACUUUCAGCCGAAGCACAACUAGCUCGGGUUCGGCUAAGGGAACGAUGGGAGUUAGCUUCCGUUCUUAACUUCUUGCAUGUUUUUCAGCCUAUUAUUGGAAGCAAGUUGGAGAUUUCUGCGGAAGAGAUCGAGACGGCCCUUAUUAUGCCCAACAAUGCUCUCGCUGAGCUCCACAUUUCACUUUUAAAGGGAAUACCACCGGUUAGCAAAAACUUGACUGAUUCUGACAUGUGGGUGACCGUACUUUGUAAGAAGCUUGCCAUCUGGUGGCCAUGGGUAGCUGACGGGGAGAUUCCACUCACUCCUGCCCAUGGAGAAGAGAUAUCUAGAUACAAAGAGAUCGACCCAACAAAUCGGUUACUAAUCCUAAAAGCACUUUGUGAAAUCCGUGCUUUUCAAGUUGAUAUGCUAUCUUAUAUUAAUGAUGCGGUAAAAGAUGGAACCAAGCUUUCAACUUUCCGUAAAGAUAAAAUUGGAGGAGAUGGAAAUGGAACUACUUACUGGUAUGAUGGGGAUUCAGUUAUUGGUCAUAGGUUAUACAAGGAAGUAAGAAGAGUUGAAUUUAAGCCGAGCUUGAAUGGGAAGAGACAGUUAACACAGCCAACAAUAACUUUUCAAUGGGAAACACUUGCAACCAAUCUUGAGGAAUUUCGUGACUUAUCAGAUAAGCUCUGUUCUCCCAAAAGCAUGGUGGAAGCUGCAGUUGGUGAUAUUGUCCGAAAUGAAAUAAUACCUGUUCUUGAGGCACCUAAAAAGAAGAAAGAAAGAGCACUGAAACGACAACAAAGACAGGCAAUGCUUCUGAAUGGUUUUCUAGAUUCUUGUGGGAUAGGGCAUAGUCAUUUGCUUCGUGAUCGUAAGCCUGUUAGUUAUACGUAUGAUGAGUAUGACCAAUCUAUUCAUGAAGCUAUACAACCAACAAUAAUCAAGAAGACAACUCAGGAGCAAAAGCUUGGCAGAAAAUAUAAGAAGAGCAAAGGCAGAAGCGGUAUUUCUUCUGAGAGUUUACACCAAGAUGCUUACUUGGACUACUCUGUUCAAAGAAGUGGUCCUAUGAAAAGCAACGAUAGUGAUGUUAAGUCUGCAGGAACUAAUGUUGAUGAUAAAUAUGGUGGUGAUUAUGACAGCAAGACUGCUUCUGGUGCUGAUGUUGACUCUGACGGAAGCUCCCAUGGAAAGCAAAAUAACAAUAUUACCCACAGGAACCGCAUCAGGAAGCAUUCCGAGAGAUGGAAUGGCCUCUCUGCUGAAGAGGUUGUGGGGCUGCGUCGGAGCAAGAGGAAAGCAGGCAACACUACUGAUCUUAACUUAGAGACUCAGAGCAAUCUAGAUCCUAUAAAUCGGCUGGGUCAGUUGUCCUUCCGUAACACUGCCCUAGAACCUCUUAUAAUUUCUGAUUCUGAAGGUGAAAACUUUUGAGGGAAUUUGAGCAAAUGAAAUGAAGGGUAUUGAGAACAAUUGAUGAUGAUGAUUAUUGAGGAAAUGUGAAUGAUAGAAAUGAUACUUAGCCGAACAUAUGUAUACACAUUUGGCAUCCUUUUGGUUUCA